GAAAAGUGACAAAACUAUUUUGAGUUUAAACAUUUUAUUGCUUCUUGAUUAUUUUCCUUCUGAUAUUGACUUUUUUUAUUUAUGUUUUUUGUUAGUUAACAUGAUACCAUGGCAGUAGAUGGCCCUCAAUUUGAUCCCAGCAUAUCCAUGGGACACAACUUCUUUGAGCAGAAGCUUCACUGAUAUACUGCAUAGGUUUGUUGCUUUGCACAGGGAAAGGUGCAAAUUUAGAGCAUGUUGAUGAGGAACAAAUAAAUAACUAAGGAUGGGGUUGAAUGAAGUGGGGAUAAAGAGAGUAAGAGAAGGGCUUGAUUUCCCCAAGAUUAAACAAAUUUUACAUAUAUUUUCCCCAAGAUUUCCCGUUCGCCAUGGCCUCUUCGUCCGCCGCCGCUCUUGAGAUUAUCGACGACGACGAUGAAUUUGACUGGGACGCAGCUGUGAGAGAGAUCGAUGUGGCUUGUGAGGCCAAUGGCGUUGCCCUUCCCGUCAAUGGGACAUUCGCUACGUCUCCUGAUGGAGUUGCGACUUCGACUUCGACUUCCAUCCCAAAUAGGAAAACGCUCAAAACCCCUAAUGGUGGUGGCCUUGCGUCUGGGAAGCAGUCGACUCUUGAAAUGUUUAUGGGAUUUCCGCCUAAGACUAAGAAUGCCAAAACCGAACCCCACAAUCCAAACGGCGUUGGAGUCAGAAAAGAGAAGUUUGGUAAUGAGGGGGAUAACAGGGUUUGCUUCGUUCCACUUGAUUUGAUGGCAGCCAAAACUUGGAUUUAUCCAGCAAAUCUUCCCCGUCGGGAUUAUCAAUUCGAAAUCACGAGGACUGCACUAUAUUCCUAUACCUUAGUGGCAUUAGCUACUGGGCUUGGAAAAACAUUCAUCGCUGCCGUUGUAAUGUAUUAUUAUUUUAGGUGGUUUCCAGAAGGUACUGCAUCACUUUUUAGCAUUUUUGUCAUUGCAUGUGAUUAAGUGUUCUUGAUGGUAUUUUUUUCUUUCUGGAAAAUGGCAUAAAGGAAUAAGUUGAAGUGAACUGCUUGGAACUAUAUCAAUAUGCUUAUGGCAAUCCUAUCUAAACACUGCAAAAGCUGAAUAUAGAUAAGAUCUCAUUACUCUCAGUAAGGUCCAACUAAGCUGAAAAUAAUGUUGUCUUGAUAAGGUCUUAAUUUCUUGUAAUGAAUUAUAUACAUAUUUACUGAAGUAGAGUUAUUUAUUGGAGCGAAUAUUCCUUAUUAUGUCAAUAUAGAUGAGCUCUUUAUGCAGGAAGUUUUGGGCAUCACAUACAAAUUCAGAGUUUCUAACAUUUGCAUUGCUUUGGAUUCAAACCUACAUGUACCUUACACAAUGACUUCAUUAGUUUGCAUGAAUUGUGAAAGGCUUUUUUUUGAAAUUUAUGUUUUUAUUCUAGCAGUUUCUAUCCAAAAGGAACAACUGUAACAUCAUAACCCUCUUUAACCUCUUAGUUGUGUGCUUUUGACUUUGUUGGUUGAGGAAAAAGCUUAAGCAUACCAAAAAUAUAGUAUUUACUUUGUAUAUGUGAGAUCAUAGCAGGAAAAAUAGUUUUUGCAGCUCCUUCUAAGCCCCUAGUUUUGCAACAGAUUGAAGCAUGCCAUAACAUUGUAGAUAUACCACAGGUGAGGCUUUCUAGCCCUCUUUUUUUGUGACUGACUGUACCUUUGUGAUUCUAGUUUAUAGUAAAAAAAGAGGAUUUGUAUUCCAAUCCAAAAAAUCAUAUUACUCGCAUGAUAUCACAUCUCAUGGGUGAAGAAAAGUGACAAAACUAUUUUGAGUUUAAACAUUUUAUUGCUUCCUGAUUAUUUUCCUUCUGAUAUUUACUUUUUUUCUCUAUGUUUUUUGUUAGUUAACAUGAUACCAUGGCAGUAGAUGGCCCUCCAUUUGAUCCCAGCAUAUCCAUGGGACACAACUUCUUUGUGCAGAACCUUCACUGAUAUACUGCAUAGGUUAUGUCACUGCUAUGUGUUCUGUGCUUUCCGCUAAUGUCUUAAUUUUUUUGUUUCUACAUCUUUCUGAGCAAAUCUUUGGUUUCAGGUUUGUUGCUUUGCACAGGGAAAGGUGCAAAUUUAGAGCAUGUUGAUGAGGAAC